UCACAUAUUUAAGUACUCCGAGGCGAUAAUAAUGGAUGAUUAUCGCAUGCCUGCGAAACGGGCAAAAUUUGAUAUUUCUAAUAAGAGUAUGAAGUAUCAUAAAAUACAGGAAGAAGUUUCUACGAAUAGAAACGCUCAGAAUGAUGAUCUUUGGGGUGAUGAUUUUGAUGAAGAAGAUAUUGAGGAAAUGGAUUUGAUUGCAUCUCAAGCUUGUGUACAGGAGGCUAACUUGUUAAAUAAUUUAAGACUACAUGAUUUGAAUUCGGUGAAAUCAUAUUUUCCAGAGAGAACAACUGCCUAUAAUGAAACAUGUUCAAAAUUACCACAAGCUAUAGAAACGUCUAAUUCACCCUUGUUAACAAAGAAUGUACAGAGUACAAGUCAGAAUCAUCAGAACAUAACAGAAAUGAAUUAUUCUCAGUUUAGAAAAAAGUUAAUACAUAAAAAAGAUCAUAAUUCAACUUUCCAAAAGAGCAAUAAAAUUAUUGUACAUGAUGAUAAAGAAUUGGAAAAAUUAAAAACUGAAAACAAAAAAUUGUUGAAUGAUUUUAUAACUAAAGAUGGUGAAACUGCAUUUUUGCGGCAGCAACUACAACAAACUCAGUUAAGAGUUGAAAAUGAGAAAUUAGAAAAGAUGCGUUUAAUUGAAGAACAAGCCAAUCGUCAUAGAUCGGAGAUUAACAAAAUUUAUAAAGAAAAAGAACAGCUAAAAACACGAUUUGAAUUACAAAAUCUGGAAAUAGGAAAUCUUCAAGAACGUUAUAAACUAUUAGAAUCUGGAAAUAUUAAACUAAGGGAACCACAAGUGUACACAAACUCUUCUAUUGAUAAGUGCAAAUAUGUUAUCCCAAUAAAUCGGAUCACGAAUAGGAAUCUAAAAAUGAAAGAAGUAUGUGUACAAGCUAAUAUUUAUAAGAAAAAUGAUUAUCAACUUAAGACAUUUAAUAUUUAUUUUCCUCUUGCAAGAAUUUCAGAGUUAAUGUUUGGAGCAUCACUACCAGAAAAAUCCAUCGUUAAUAUUAAAGUCAUAGAAAAAACUGGAAGGAGAAAUUUACCUAUUUUGCAAGAAGAAGAAACAUUUAGAAUCUUUGAAAACCCCGAAUUAGUAAAGCCAGUAGUUACUACAGUAGAUGGAAAAAGAUUGACAACAGAAUUUGUUUUACUUGAGAUUGCAGCCAUUGAAAGGAAAAUUAAUACUGAGAUAGAGUCUGAAAGGUGUAUACCAAUAAUCAAUAAGCUGGUCUUAACUGCAAGAGAGUUAAUAUUAAAUGUUAUAACAGUUUUGGAAACAAUUUUUCAAGCUAUGAAGAAUGAUGAUAUUCGAGAUAUGAGCGACUUAUAUUUUUCUACAGUUUAUAAAGAUCAUAAUAUAUGUAUUAAAUCUGAAUGUGAAGCAAAUGCGUGGCAUGAAGGAGAACGUGGUAUCGAGGCUAGAAGAUUGCUCGGUAUACUUUCGCACAUUAGUAUUGAAUCGUUAUACUUAAGUAAUUAUUUAGCAGGAAAAUCACAAUUGCUCACACGAAGUGAUGAAUGUUACAAUUAUUAUCUGCAACAAAUGACACGUUAUAAUACAUGGCCAAAGAAGGGCCAUGAAUUUGAAAUGCUUGAGAUUAUCCUAGAAUGUGUCACUUUAAUAGAACACGUUAGGAGAUCUCAUCAGUUUACAGGUCUUAUAAAUGCAAUUGUAAAACUACUAUGUAAUGUGCAACAGAAAGUGGGUUAUUGUGAUAAAGGAUUGAAAUAUAUUUGUCUUAUAUUUAAAGAACUCGUAUUCUCAAGGCCAUUAUCACUUUGUUAUGUUUCAUUAGCGAACUUUAUAAUGGUUUUUAGUAAAUGCGAUAUAUUUGUAUCAAAACUUUGUACAAGUUCACCGUUAAUGACAAUAAAAAGAUGGAAAGGAGUUUUACAUUUUACACCAGAUGCUUGUGUCUUACAAAUUCUUAUGGCACAAAUGGAGCAUUUUUAUUCGGACUUUCUUACUACAAUAAAUAUGACGCAUGCAUUAAUAUCAUCUAUAUGGCACGUCUUACAGAAAAAUAAUUUAUUAAGAAGUGAAAGUUCAGAAUCCUGUAAUUGUUAUACGAAAUUAUUACGAUUUAUAAUUAAUAUGUUAAAAAAAUGUUCUGAAAACAAAUUAGACGUAAUCGAUGAUAUUAAAUGGCAAGAUUUAUUUAAAAAAAAGAAAACAUUUUAUAUCUUGAAGAGAAUUAAUUAUAAACAUCAUGCAUGUCAGGUGAAAUAUAAUAAACAGAAUAUAAAAGAGCAUCUGACAGAAAUAUAUUCAGAAAAGUUGGAUCGUAAUUUUUUGUUUGAUAUCAAAAAAGUUCAAUACAAAGUAUUGAGACAAGGCAUCAGAUUUUUAUGCCAUCUUGCAAUUUGUGAUCCUGAUUUUGUUAUCCGAUCAUCUGAUAUUGAAGAUUCAUUUCAUUUAUUUGUACGAAACAUUAUUUUUUUUGAAGAUUUGAUACUUCAUGACAAUGAACGAGAAGCUUUAGAUCGUAUAAAAACUACCUUUAUCGUUGAUAAAGGUAUACAAUAUGAGACACAUCACGAAAAUAUACAGGUUAAUCAAUUACAUAUGACGAAUUUUGAAAAAAAGGUUAUUCCCACAACUGAGAAAUAUUGUUAUACUGAAUCUACUGAAAAUUAUAAUACAGCAUGCAUGGCUAUCAAAUCGUUGUAUAAUUCUAAUAUGGAAUAUAGAAACAAUUAAAUAUACUAA